UGAGUUUUGGAGAAACUGCACAGACAGUACUCUAAAGUUCGAAUCUCCUGAUUUUUCACAAGAUGCUGGACUGGAGAUCGGCAAGUGUGUGUUUCAUCCUGGCUGUGACUCUGAUGCUGUGGAGCUCAGGACAAGUCCUCUCAAUAGAUGUAACAACAGAGGACUUUGAUUCUGGAGUCAUAAAUGCGCAGUCACCACCCACAGUCACAGAAGAGAAGUCAGCCACUGACCUGACAGCAAAACUCUUGCUUCUCGAUGAACUGGUGUCCCUAGAAAAUGAUGCAAUUGAGACAAAGAAGAAAAGGAGUUUCUCUGGUUUUGGGUCUCCCCUUGACAGACUCUCAGCUGGCUCUGUAGAUCACAAAGGUAAACAGAGAUGUAGUGAUGUUGUAACCGGGUCGCAGGACGGAGCUCAGCACCCCCACCCAGCUGAUGUGCCUGAGGGUCCUGGGCUCCCUGGCCCCAGGAACGGGAAAGAGGCCCUGGCAGAGAGAAAAGCAGUCGAUCAUCCAAAAAGGCGAUUAGGUAUCCCCAUGGAUCGGAUUGGUAGAAACCGGCUUUCAAACUCCAGAGGCUAAUUGAUUCCAAAUAAUGCGACUUCCUUGGGUGAAAUGCCACAG